UUCCACAAUGCCAUAAAGAUACAGAGUAGAAAGACCAAUAGACAGACGAAAAUCUAACGCUGCCAACUAUGCGGAAAACAACUAUUAUAUUCCGAAAUAUUCUGUUGCGCAUUUAUUACGCCUUGAGAGUAUCCAUAUAAGGAAAAGCCUUAUCGGCAAAUACGGUCCAACUUCCAGAAAGUCCUGAAGAAAAUCCGCUUCUAUUUAAUAUCGAGAGCGCGCAAAUGGUGAUUGUGCGCGUUCCACUCAGUCAAUUGCAUGUGUAAUCAUUUCGGCCGACACUGAAGAUGGCGAUGAGAGUAGCGUUCCGGUGCCUUUCUGCAAACUUUUCCACAGUACAGAUAUCCGCAAAUCGUCCCUUAUGGAAGGCAAACACCGCACGGACACUGAGCACUGCCUCGCGACUGUUCACAGCCCUCAAAUUCACAGACAAGCAUGAGUGGGUACGAGUAGAGGGUGGAGUUGGUACAGUUGGCAUCAGCAAUUUUGCUCAGGAAGCAUUAGGUGAUGUGGUGUAUUGUGGACUCCCUGAGGUGGGGCAAAAACUUGAACAAAUGGAGGAGUUUGGUGCUUUGGAAAGCGUGAAGGCUGCUAGUGAGUUGUACUCUCCUCUGACUGGAGAGGUAACUGAAAUCAACACAGAGCUGGCAGACAACCCUGGACUAGUGAAUAAAUCCUGCUACGAAGGGGGCUGGCUAAUUAAGAUGACUAUUGACAACCCUGCAGAACUUGAUGGCCUCAUGGACGAUGGCUCCUACGAGAAAUUUAUCAAAUCCCUUGAUGAGUAGACUGCUCGACUCUCCGUGUUCUUUAUUUAAAUGUUCUUUUUAAUGAUGACUACAGGUCUUUCACACUAAUCCUAUCUGGGCGGGCUGUAAAAUCUCAGCUCAAAUGGUAUUAUGUAAAGUAGCCCUAUUUAUUUUGCCUGUAAUUGUUUCAUCACCAAGAUAACCAAAAUGUUAAUUAACAAUGCUCAUCUAUGUGCUUAUUGCUGAUGAAACCACAAGACAACCUGAAGGGUUUGUUCCCAUGUCCUGUUGGCACAACGAUAAAUCCUGUUGGCACAAUAAUCAAGGAUUUAUUAUUUCAGGUGCUUAGUUUGGACUGAAAGAAAAUACAGACAAGUGGCAACAGAUUGAAAAUGAGAAGUCAGAUAAAUUAAAUACAGCAUACAAUCCAUUGGUUUUUUUCAUUAUGACUUUUAUAUUCCAUCUGGUGGGAAGGAUGGAAUACAGUACUAUUCACUUCCAUAAACCACCUUAAGUCAUUAGCUAAUAGUCUAAACUUAAUUUGGUGUCUGGCAAUGCAAGACUAGUCAAAACAUUGGCUGGCAGCCUGGCACUUCCAAAGACUCCCACACUUGUAGAUUCACAUUCUCCAGCAAGAUAACCUUUUAGAACAAAAGACUACAGCACAAAUGAAGCAAGAAUCAAUUAUAUUUGGGAUAUUUUCGUAUUUUGACGUAACAUCUGGAAUAUGUGGGAUAUAUUGCAUUUUUUGUUACACUGUUUAUAUACACCGCCUGUAUUUAUAUACUGGAUGGUGGCAUAGCCCACUAAUGUCUACUGCUAUACAUAUUCUUAGUAUAUAUUUUUGGUGUAGCCCUAUAUAUGCGUAGAUUUAAUUUGGAUUACUGAAUUGUCCCGACAUUCAUGAUAUCUUGUUUUUGAUUAUUUGUGUACUUGUUUGACACUUUUACUGCAUUGUUAGGAGCUAGGAAGCCAAGCAUUUUGCUGCACCUGCUAUAACCUCUGCUAAACUGUAUGUGACCAAUAAAAUUUGAUUUGAUAUACUGCUGCUGUAUUUUCCAACCCAAGUGAUUCAAGCUAAUUGUAACUGAACAUUACACUCCAGUGAUAUUAACACAUUUAAUAUAUCCACACAGUAGCACUGAUUUAUUAACAUCUAAUCAGCACAGUCAGUUAAUGGAACAUUAGUAUGUAUUGUUAGUGGCUAGUUUCCCAUUCUGUGAAGGGUGUGUGUGGACCUAUUCCUAGAAAUUACCCUGCUUUGAACUAGACCUUUUUGUUCUGAUGCCUAACAUGUGGAAAACCAGGGGAUAGAGAAGCACUGCUGAAACAAACAUGCUGAUACUGGCCGCUUCUCGUUGCUAACAUGGACUCUCGGCACACCUUGACUUUUGCCCUUAGAUCAAGAUAGAGAUGAGGUGCCGGGGAGGGUUUGGUCAAUGAUUAAUGGAAAAAGUGGGCACAGAAUCAGUGUAGCAGAGAAACAGCAAAUCUUUGACUAUAUUAUUUUUAACUAACUAUAAAGGGGAAUGGGGCUUAAAUACUUUACAGAAGAAUACCAUUUGGCUGUCGGACAGAGAAGAUCCUCUCUGGAUGGUCCUGUCUUGACGCAAUGAGCAGAGUGACGGUGUUGCUGUUAAUGUGCAUUUUAAAAAGUGUGUGCUGCAUAUCUUUACUGUGAUUUCAAGAAGGUAUUAGGGUUUAAUAUUUUGAUGCACAACGCUCCUACAUUGAAAACAUGUCAUUUUUUAUCAUUACAAUGAGAAUGGGGGAUACUCUGAAAAAUAGGCUGUGUGAAACAGGUCCAUAAGUGACCCGUGUGUAACUUUAUUGUGGGGCUGCAGUGACCCAUUGUGGUGUACCUACAAAAAUAAAUCGGCAAUAAAUCAGA